AUGCCUCUUCCUUUCAGCAAAAUCUUCUUUCGUAGCCCUAGACCUCGACAAGCUCAGGACAAUUUUCCGACCAAACAACUAUUUGUUCUGGCAUUAUGUCGCAUAUGCGAACCAAUCGCCUUUAUGUCCAUCUUCCCUUAUGCCUAUCGCAUGAUCGAAUCCUUCAAUCUCACCCAGGACGAAUCCCAAAUCUCAAUCUAUGCUGGAAUGCUCAUCACCGCCUUUGCCUUUGCUGAAUUCUCCACCGGGAUGAUCUGGGGGAGAAUCAGCGAUCGCGUAGGGAGAAAACCAGUUCUUGUCAUGGGCCUCAUCGGCACCGCUCUCAGCAUGAUCUGUUUUGGUUUUGCAAAGAGCCUGACCGGUGCCAUUGUCGCUAGAGCCCUUGGUGGUCUUCUCAAUGGCAAUGUGGGAGUCUUACAAACAACCGUGGCCGAGUUGGUCACCAAAAAGGAGCAUCAGCCUCGUGCCUACUCCAUUAUGCCCUUUGUCUGGGGCUUAGGCUCCAUCAUUGGUCCCGCCAUGGGAGGAGCCCUGGCCAUGCCGUCCGAAAAUUAUCCCGCUCUGUUCCCUCGAGGGAGCCUCUUCGACGUCUAUCCAUUCUUGCUCCCAAAUCUCGUCUGUGUCAUUAUCCUGCUCUUCGGCAUCUCGAAUGGCGUCCUUUUCCUGGAAGAAACCCAUCUGGAGAUGAAAGACCGCCGAGAUUGGGGCUUGGAGCUGGGCCGAAAACUGGUCAAGAAAGUGACGGGCAGGGACACUGGCAACCACGACAAGUACAAUCUUGCGUUUGGGGAUGAGACGGAAAGCCUCACCGAGGACGACCCGCCUCCAGGAUACCGCAGCACCGAGGGUUCUCCUCGACUCCGUUCUACUACAUCAGUACAGCUGAACGCCGACAUCGAAAGACUGGCAGAGAAGGAGAACAGAGGAAUGACCAAGACCUUCAACAGACACAUCAUCUUGAUCAUUGUGGCCUAUGCCAUCCUCGCCUACCACAGUGUUUCCUUCGAUGCCUUGAUGCCAAUAUUCCUCAGUGAAGAUCGGGUCUCUACAGCACAAGCCGUGCUCCCUUUCAAGUUUUCCGGAGGAUUCGCCAAGUCAACUCAGGCAAUUGGCUUCAUGAUGGCUGUUCAGGCUGCCUAUUCCAUGUUCGCCCAGCUGUGGCUUUUCCCCUUGAUCGUACGCCGGAUUGGCACUCUCCGUGCUUUCCGAGCCGUCAUGUCUGUUUGGCCUGUGCUCUACUUUGUGGUGCCUUAUCUGGUCUUGCUCCCAGAGAAGUUCCAAACCGCCGGCAUCUACUCUUGCCUGGUCAUCAAGAUCACCUUCCAAGUGAUUGCCUUUCCUUCAAACGCAAUUCUCCUUGCUAAUGCUGCGCAUUCCAAAUCGGUCCUUGGCACCAUUAAUGGAGUAGCCGCAUCCACCGCUUGUUUAGCCCGUGCCUUGGGGCCCGUUGUCACUGGAUCAAUACACUCAGCUGGACUGAAACUCGGAUAUAAUGGCCUUGCCUGGUGGGCAGGGGGCAUCGUCUGUGCUAUUGGAGCUCUGGAAAGCUACUGGAUGGAAGAGACCGAAGCACGCCUGGAUCGAAGUUCGGAAGAAGAGGAGCAAAACACUUGCGAACCGUUGCUGCAUGCGGCCGCCGUUGAGUCGGUAGACGACUGCACCACGAGACCUGACAACCUCAGCCUGAUGGAUGAACUGGACCUUACGAAACCUGUAAAGCAUGAAAUGGAUUUUGGAGCAAAAGAAUGA